CCAAUCGGGUAAUUUUGCAUUUGUGAAUCAUUGUCGUACAUAGACAACUCCAUAGCACAGAAUGUUGAGGAAUGCAGUAUUUAGAGUCUUACAGGGACUUUCAUUGGAGCAGCUGGAGGGCGGAUACUUGGGAAUUGGUAAAUGCGGACUUUGGGCCUAAUCUCACAGGGACUUUCCUUGGAGCUGGGAACAGUCAGAUGGCAGAGGCUCAGUCAUCUUUAAGAGCUAAACGGCUUAUGGGCUGCAGAAUGCUGAACAACUUCAUUACAAAUGCCACUUAUGAGUCUUUUGAAAUAGAAAGCAAUCAUCCCUUAUAUGUUUGCUUACAAACAGAAAGUGAAACAGAAGAAUUUUUCAUUAAAAAAACACAGGACUGGUCUGAGGCAGUGGAAGACUGUCUCUGGGACUGCUUGGAUUUGGUGGAUUGGACCAGGUUUAGGUGUUCAGCAGAAAACCUAGACGAGUAUGCCACCACUGUCACCGACUUCAUUAGCAAAUGCGUGGAGGACUGUGUACCAAAGAAGUCAGUCCGAGUGUUCCCCAACUAUAAACAUUGGAUGAACCACACCUGGCUGAAGACCAGAUGUGCAGCAUUCAAGUCAGGUGACCUGGACCAAUACAGAAAGUCCAGAUAUGAACUCUGCAAAGCCAUCAGGGAGGCCAAGAGUCAAUAUCCAACAAUGUGAGAGUCCCAGACCUACCAAACAGACUUCUGCCAUCUAUGGAAAGGCCUAAACGAUAUUACAGGAUACAAAAUGAAACAGUGUAAGAUGGCAGACAAUGAUACAUCCCUCCUUGACACACUCAAUGCUUUCAAUGCUUAGUUUGAGCAGAAUACCAGCAACAUGGUGAUGCCUGUUCUGACAGCCCAGACACAUCUACUCCCUCUGUCACCACUUCAGUCGUCAGAUCAGUCUUCCUGGGAGUCAACCCAAGGAAAAUGACAGGACCAGGCAGUGACCCCAGCCAAGCACUCAGAUUCUGUGCAGUCCAACUGGCAGAGAUAUUCACCAGCAUCUUCAACUUCUCCCUCUUACAAGCCAAAGUCUCCACUUGCUUCAAGAAGUCCACCAUCAUUGCCAUACCCAAGACAACACAUGCACAGUGCCUUAAUGACUACCGCCCAGUGGCUCUGACUUCAAUAAUCAUGAAGUGCUUCAAGAGGCUGGUCAUUGCCCACAUCAGCUCCAGUCUCCCAACCUGCCUCAAUCCCCUACAGUUUGCCUACUGACAUAACAGAUCCACAGAGGAUGCUUUAGCCCCAGCCCUGCAGUCAUCUCUGGAACAUCUGGACAACAAAGACACCUACAUCAGACUCCUGCUCAUUGACUACAACUCAGCAUUCAACACCAUUAUUGCCUCCAGACUGAUCUCAAAACUACAUGACUUUGGUCUUAGCUCUGUCCUCUGCAACUGGAUCAUCAGCUUUCUGACCCAUAGGCUGCAAUCAGUGAGGAUAGGUAAUUGCACCACCUCCAGAAUAACACUCAACACUGGAGGCCUCCAAGGAUGUGUCCUUAGCCCCCUACUGUACUCCUUGUACACCUAUGGCUGUGUUCCCAAAUUCCAAAUGAAUACCAUGUACAAGUUCACUGACGAUACCACCAUAGCACGAUAGAUAUCUAGCAAUGGAGAGUCAAAAUACAGAAGGGAGAUAGAGGGCUUGGUGACGUGGUGCAAUGAAAACAGUCUCGCAACAUAAGCAAAACUAAAGAACUGAUCAUCGACUUCACAUCGAAAAGGAGGAGAACAUACUCUUUUCUACAUCAACGGAACUGAGGUUGAAAGCGUGAACAGCAUCAAGUUCCAAGGAGUGACAAUAACCAAAGUCUUUGACUUCCCACGUAGAUGCAACAGUCAAGAAGACACACUAAUGCCUCUUCUUCCUCAGGCGGCUCAGGAAAUUUGGUAUGCCCAUAAGGUCGCUCACCAAAUUUUACAAAUGCACCAUUGAAAGCAUUCUGUCCGGGUGCUUAAUGGCUUGGUAUGGCAACUGCUCUGCCUAGGACUGCAAGAAACUACAGCAGGCGAUGUGCACAGCCCAGACUACCACAGAACACAACCUUCCUUCCAUGGACUCUAUUCACAUGACCCGCUAUUGCAGAAAGGCUGCCAAUAUCAUCAAAGACCCAUUGUACCCUGGUCAUGACCUCCUCCCACAGAAGAUACAGAAGCCUGAGCACACACACAAGCACAAGCACGUUCAGGAACAACUUCUUUCAGGCCGUUAUCAGACUGUUGAAUGGACUGUAGGCUCAAAUAAAGUAACUUGCAUGCUUCUAAGUCUUUUUGAUCUGUACAUCCUUUGCUUGCUGUGAUCUGCCUGUGCCAUUUGUAAACAAAGCUUUUCACUGUAUU